UAUGCACAAAAGUGCAAUAAGCUGGCAGAGGCCUCCAACUGACAAGUACCGUUGCUGAUAAACUUGAUACCAAAAGUUUCACAAGGCUCACACGUUUAGUGGUGUUCUGUCGGCGAUCUUAAAUGUGCACUAAGAACUUCCUGUUAAAAGGAAAGAGUUUUUUACUGGUGGAACCGAAGGAGAAAGUGACUUCCUUGUUUGAGCUGGAGGCUUACAAACUAAAUGUAAUGUUUUGGCACGUACAACUCCAUGCCAAUAUGACAUUUUCUAUGAAAUUGUGCACCUCAACUCAGGUUUUUGAACAAAUGAAGUUCAAAUGAAGAAGAACAUGUUGGAAAAGCGUGUGUGAUCCUGUCGGCUUCUGUCAUAGGCUGAAGGGGUUGAGUAGCAAGUGCGACUGAACAUGAGUCACAGGGGACAUGAAAAUCAGGGGACGGGACUGAGAGACGUUUUUGACAUAAUAGUUAAAGCGCCUCCCGAGCGACUGCUAAGCCUGACAUUCCAGCUGGGCGAGUCUCCUGAAGAUAAUAUCAUACACGCCUUGUGUCUGAUCGUUCUCCAGAGAGAGGCGCGGGCCCUGAACAAACUCCAGACGCUGAGGGACAACUACCUUGCUAAGUAUCUGGCUGAAAAGUGGCAGACGAGUGGAGGUAAACUGGAAGAUUUUAGCCUUCAUUGUGGUCAUUUCCAAGAGUUAACAGAAGAAUCUUUGGCCGUGUUGGCUCGCAUUUAUAAAAUUUUGACAGAACAGAGGCUGUGUGAUCCGCACCUGAGAAAUCUGGCGUAUAAAAGAGCCCUUUCCAGUGACAACCAAAAAACAAGUCAAUGUGAGGAUCUGAAGUAUGAUCAACUCAGAGAGGAAGCUAAAGUGGUCUGUGGGCCUCAGUUUGCAGAGUGGAUGUUCUCCUCCACGGAUCUCAAGUCAGGGCAUGAUCCUCAUAGUGGCCUGAAUGAAGGAAACACAACUUUAAAAGUUUCUCUGUCCCAGGAUCAGUCCGAGAGAGCUCACAGUCUGCCCAGCCCACUGCAGGCGAGCUCCUCAGUGCCCUCAUACCCUUCUCAUCUCGAGAUAAGCAUACCUCCAACAGCCUCAUUUCAAGAGCGCAAAAUAAUGACCCCAGAAACAUUAGAUAAAUCCAAACUAAUCGGCCCUGUCAUACCUGUGAGUGAGUGUGCAGCAAAAAAUACACCUGGGAAGUCUCAGACCUCUGAGGAGCCUCUUUUGUUAGGAGCAAAGAAACACUCAAAGAUGGAUGAAACAUUAGCCGCUGAGAGCAGUAAGUUGGUUAGUCUUAUCACUCAGAAUGAGACUCUAGACCAAACCACCAAACCAACCGCUGAACCAAAAUUUGCACUUCCCACUGCAACAAACAUUGUUCAACCCAAGAUGCGUGUUACAAAUGAAAUGCCUGAAAGUAUAGGAGCAGAAGGGGAAGAUGAGGCAAUAUUUUAUGCCUUUGUUAUCUUGCAUGCGCCAGAGGAUGCAGAUAUGGCCGAGAGCAUGAGAGAAAAACUGGAAAAGGUCAUUGAUGGUGAAGGUGCAACAUUCUCUGAGGACUUUGAGGUGCCUGGAAAGAGCACUCUGGUGUGUGUGGAGGACGCUAUCAACAACUCAGCCUUUACUUUUCUGCUGCUUACCCGCAACUUCAACACUCGCAUGCUGGAGGUGAAGACAGACUUUGCCCUUCACAACUCCAUAAACAAGGCACACAAAUACAACACCGUCAUCCCUCUGUUGCCACGGGACAACCGCAUGCCCAGCCUCCCUGGGCUUCUGCAGAGAAUAGUUCCACUUGAGGAGAACGAGAGCUUUGAGAGAAAAAUCAAAAAGGUAUUGUCUCCAGCAAAGAUUAAAAGACAGAGGACAAUCUGGACUGAGGAGCGGAAGUUGAAAAUGCAGAUGGAGAGACGGGAGAGACUAAAACAUUUAAACCAGCACCAAAAGCAGUUGAUCACAGAGUGUAAAACAGCACAGUUGUUGGAGAAAGAGAGCCAUAACCUUUUAAUGGAACAAGCACAUGUUUUCGGUGACAGUGUGCCUCCACAACAGGAAGGAGGUGCUUGGUUGCAACAACAACAUCCAAAUAUUCACAUUAAUAAUGCUAAUUACAUUGUGAUUGGCAAUAAUUCUCAAAUGUCUGUGGAUAGGGGUGGAGGUCCAGAUGAUUCAAUUUACAGAGAGGAGGGGCAAUAAACUAAAAUGACAGUUUAGAAAAAAACCAAAAAUGAUCAUGUUCUCUGAACACUAAAUUAUCACAGCUGAAAGAGUCACUGUGGGAGGGUAUUUACUGCAGCUUGUUCUACUGUAUUUACAACUGUUGGUGAGAGAAAUUUCAAUAAAACUGUCAAAAGAGCAAUUGAGUGGCAUCUUAAGGAUUUUAGGGGAGGCUGUAAAGAGAGUCUAUCCAGCAGCAUUUUGAAAUGAAUAUAUAGUUAAGGACUGCCAUCUACUGACCGAUAUGGGACGUAUACUUUCUGUUCUCAUCAGCUGCAUGAACCCACUUUAAGCACUAGGGAGCAGUCCUGUCACAUGCUCCUAAUUGCUCCUCAUUGCCCUUCACAUGAUUUAUGUAGUGCAGUGUCAGACAGAAGCACUGCUCUUCUAUUUUCCAUAUUGUUCAAGUGCAUGUUUAAAUCGCUUGGUACAACAGUAACUUUUUCAGUAAACAGAUCAAGUUCUAGCAGUUGAAACAAUCUCCAAAAUGUUUUGACUCUUGAACUAAUCCCCAAGGUGUUAACAAAACAAAUCUUAAGAGUCUGUGUAUGCCACUGAUGACAUAUUUUAGACCAUUCUCUGAGUGGUUGCACCUCUUAUCCUUUCCAAGACUCUAAAUAUUAUUUUAAAAAAUAUCAUUGUAACCAAGCAAAAACAAGAUUGUUUUUCUAUGAAACACUGACAGUUUGGAGACACAAGAGUUCUUAGAAAACAGAUUUUUAAAAAUCUAAUAUUGAUAUUCAGUAACUGGGCCACAGCCCAGAAGUUUAGUGGUGUAAGAGUCUAAAGUCUUGAAUGAAAAUGCAAAUACUUGGUGUACCUUGAUAUGCAAGUGAGCUAUUUGUAACAAAGAAUUUUCCCUCGAUAAUCAAUAAAGUAUUUCUGAUUAUGAAAUUAAAA